CCCAUUUCUACACACCUGAGGUUUGGACCACAACAUGCAGCAGCAACAAGGCCGGCUGAGGCUGAGGCCAUGGCUGGAGGAGCAGAUUCACUCAGGAAAGUAUCCAGGAGUCAGCUGGCUGGACCAGUCAGCACAAAUCUUUCAAAUCCCAUGGAAACAUGCUGCCCGUCAUGGCUGGAGUAUUGACCGGGAUGCUACCCUCUUCAGAAGUUGGGCCAUGCAUACUGGGCGGUAUCAACCAGGCAAGGACAAGCCAGACCCCAAGACAUGGAAGGCAAACUUCCGCUGUGCCUUGAAUUCUUUGCCUGAUGUGUGUGAACUACGGGAGCACAGCAGAAAAAGAGGCAGCAAUGCAUACAGGGUGUACAGGAUGAUGCCCAGCACACAAACACAGAGACGCAGGAGAGGGCUGAGGCUGUUGAGCAGACCCCAGGAAAGACAGAGCAGUUUAACAGCACGUACACACGAUGAUGCAUACACUACACACACAUGGCAACCCACAACAACACGGCCCACUUUAGACACAUCACACAAGGUGGAAACCCCUGCAGAAGAUGCAUUUAGUAGCACUCAUAAUCAUGGGAUGUGGGAGGCCAAACCUGAGGAACAGGAGCAGAACGAGGCUGUCUUUAAGUUAAUGGACCACUUGAGCAACGCUGAACACUGGAACCAGACAGACGAGCAGAGAGGAUGGAGGAUGCACACAUUCUGGGACCACUGGCACUGUACAGGUGAAGAAAACCCUUACUCCCUGCACACAGAAAACUUUAAUGAUCUAUUUCCACACCACAUCAAGGAACUCUCUGACUGGUCCAUGCAUCUGCAACAAUAACACCACAGCUGAACACCAAAGAGCAACAAACUGUUGUUACUCAUGGUUUCCUGCGUCUGAUCAUCUGCUGAGCUGAGCACAGAAAGGGGAAAUAAGAGACGGGGAAUACUGCUCUGUCAGUCUCCGUCAGUCAUCUGCUUCUGCUGAUACCGUGAUGAAGAUCCUGUUCCAAGCCAAGCCUUUGUCAUCAUCACUUCGGUUCACUGCCUUCCACUGAAAUCAAACCAAGCUCACACCAAGUACAAAGUACUCACCGAGCUACAGAUCCCAUUUCGUUUCAGAGCAAGGUCACCUAUUUCUGAAGUAAAUAAAGAGCAGUACACAGACAUGUUAAAACAGACACACCUGGACUACAUUCUACGUCCUGUCUGUAUAUAUGUACUUUCUAUUUUAUGUUUUUUAUUUCUCUAGAUUUUAAAGUUACCCACGACAAAUGUGUUAUGCUUUUCUGGGGCAACAGAUAUGUGUCAAUUUCUCAUUUCCCUGCAUUUCUGAAAUGUAAAACUGUCUGUAUAUGCAUCUGAUGUAUAUGUAACCUAUUUAGCUUCAUUUGUGUGUUGUGUUUGUUGUAAUGUUGAUUUUGCAAAAAGAAAAAAAAAAAAAAAAAAUAGAACCCUAAGCUCAGCUGUGUUUAAAAGAUAUCAGCAUACGUUAUAUGUAUUCGCUUUUCAAUUUAUUUAAUCCAUUUUGCAUAAGGGUUAUUACAGCAAGUGGUUAUAAUUCCAUUUUUCAAGUAUUGUGAGUUGACUUGAUUGUAUCACUCUAUAACCAAGAGCAGGGUCAGCUGUGUACAAAUGUUGCUCUGGACUGUACUGCUGUGAAUGUGAUGUUCACUUAGAGGAUGCUUUUUCAAAUAAUAGAAAUAAAAAGAUACACGUCAUCAAAAUUGGAACAUACUGGGCAUUUAUUUUGUAUUGCAUUUCCAAAGGAUAUGUGACACCUUUUUUUCCUUGUGUUAUUAUUUUUAAGUUCUUUAAUAUGUAUCUUAAAUAUUCUUAGUAGUUGUUUAAUUUCAUCUUAACUUUUUAUGACUUCUCAUAUCUCUACCUUUACUUCUGUCUUAAAUAUUAUCAGGUUUCAUCCUUAACUUUAAUGACUUACACCCUCCUCUGUUAGGCUCCCCACUUGUUUCUCCAGCCAUUCUAACUACAGUAGAUUAAGGGUUGUUCUAUGACCAUCGUGUUUAUUUUAAUUUAUACCUUUUUGUGAUUGUAACUGUACCUGUUCUCCAUUUGUAUUUUAUUGUUCUUUUGUGAAGCACUUUGUGACUUCUCUUGUCUGUGAAAGGUGCUAUAUAAAUAAACUUUGCU